AAAAAACUGAUCCUUAGCCAAACGAUAAAAACAUAAAAACACAGUAAUAUAAUACCCUCAAAUUUGGAAAGCAAAGAGACAGAGAAGCCAGAGAGACAAUCCCAUUCUCAAAUUCCUUUCUCUGAUCUCUCUCAACAAAACCGAAUAGAGAGAUAGGAGAAGGAGAGAGAAGAACCGUCAUCUCCAUUUUCAUUGUUUUCUCCACACAAAAAUGGGCUGUGGCGAAUCAAAGCACGCCGUCUCCACAGAGAACACCACCAUGAGCAGAACCAGAAGCUCGUCCUCUUCCAGAUCGAGCUCCAGGAGGGAGAAGAAGGCCGCCGUCGCCGCCACCACAGCCCCCGCCGUGCAACGGCCGGCUCAAGAAGAAGCUGCUCCUCCAACCCAUGACCCCACCAAGAACACCCCCGAGGCUGCACUUGGAAAUGUCGAAAUCAAUGUCUCUAAGGAAGGCAUAAAAGAACCCAUCUUUCAAGAACCAAAAUCCGUUGGAAAAGAAAGCAAAUACACACAAACAGAGGCUCUGGAGGAGAUUAAGGAAUCCGAGAAUAGUUUUGACGCUGUUAAGGUUGCUGUGGAAGAUGUAAAAGAGAAAAAUCCCAUUCCUGUUAAGGAAAGCUUGAAUCUUGAAGCGGUUAAAUCCGUUGAAGGAUAUGUAAAAGCAGAAACUAAAGAGGCCAGCGUAGAACAGAAGGUAGAACCCAUUAAAGAUCCUCUGCCUGUUAAGAAUGAUGAGGUGGCAGAUAUAAACAAGCCCGAGGAGGUUAAGGAAAGCAGCAAUGCAGAAUCUACUCUAAUGGUUGUGGAAGAUGUAAAAGAGAAAUUGGAUGAGGCCAAAGUUGAACAGAAUGUAGAAAAUGAAUCUAUGGAAGUUAUGCCCCGGGAAGAGAUAAACGAACAUGAGGAUGUUAAGGAAGAAAGCAUCGUAGCUUUGGAAGAAGAGAAAACUGAAAAGGCCAUUGAGGAAAAGAAGGAAGGAAAUGAAUCUGCGUCUAUUGACAUUGGGGAAGAGGUAAAUGAAUCUGAAGAAGUUAGGAAAAGCCCUGUUGCAUUGGAAGCAGAGAAAAUAGAAAAGGCCAUUCCAGAGCAGAAGGAAGAAAUACAAUCUUUGGCAGUUUAUGAUGAGAUUGAGAAAGAGGUAAACAAACCCGAGGAGGUUGAGGAAAUUACUGUGGCUUUGGAAGAUGCGAAAACCGAAAUGGCCAUUGCAGAGCAGAAGGAAGAAAUAGAAUCUGUGGUUGUUAAAGAUGAGGAAGCAGAUGUAAAUGAACCAGAGGAGGUUAAGGAAAGUAUUGUGGAUGCGGAAGAUGUAAAAGAGAAAGGAGAAAUAGCUAUUGUAGAUCACAAUGCUGAAGUAGCAUCUGUGUCUGCUAAAGAUGAAGAAGAAGAAGAAAUAAAAGAACCCGAGGUGCUCAAUGAAAGUAUUGUGGAUGUGGAAGAUGUAAAAGAGAAAGGUGAAAUAGCCAUUGUAGAGCAGAAUGCAGAAGUAGUAUCUGUAUCUGCUAAAGAUGAAGCUAAAGAUGAAGAAGAAAUAAAUGAACCUGAGGUGCUCAGUGAAAGUAUUGUGGAUGUGGAAGAUGUAAAAGAGAAAGGUGAAAUAGCCAUUGCUGAGCAGAAUGAAGAAACAGAAUCUGUGUCUGUUAAGAUUGAGGAGGAGGUGAUGGACAGCAAUAAAACUGAAGAGGUUGCAAAAGCUGAGGAGACAUCUGUUAAUGAAAACCAAACAGAUGCACAAAAAGAAGCUGGCAUUGAGGAAAAUGAAGAAGGAAAGAAUGCAGAAGAAAAUGAUGUGCCAGCUACUACUGAUGAGGCAAAAGUUGAAGCCAAACCAGAACCAGAAGAGAAGACUGCAAGUCCAGUUGUAUAGAAAAAAAGGAAGAAAAACAUAUCCAUAUAGUCACAUCAUUUUCAGACACUGCACAUUUAUUAUUCAAAUGUCUUGGAGAUUCUCUUCAUUUGUGUAGGGAAAUUGCACUUUGUAAGCCACAAUUCUUAUUGGGUGUGUUUGAAGGGUCAUCUUACAUGGACCAGUUAUCAUUAUUUUUUACCAAAUUAUUUCAGUGCCAACCGUUAUUUUGCAUGAUUAUUUUGUGGUAGGGUCAGCCAGUUCAUGACAAUCAAUAAAUAUGAAUAACUAUUUUACUUUUUUCACGUGAUACAAAUGAGAUAAUAAUAAAUUUAGGUGACAUUUUGGGUACCGAUGCACAGCUAAAUCCAUAAAUGUUCCCCUUUUGGGUUUUUAUUAAAAAAUUGUAUUCCGUAGAAUGUUAUUUUUUGCAUGGGUGAUGUUCUGGUUGGAAUUGCUGUUCCAAAACUUUCUUGUUCCCACAUUUGAAGUUAGAAAAUUCGCCAAAUUCCCAUAUGUUCGGAUCUUCGAGAAUCCGGUCUCUUUCAUCCCUUUGAUUUUGCUCAAUUUUGCUUAUCAACCAAACAUGCUUUGUCUAAUUCACAAUAAUUUAGUCCCAAACAAAACCAAACUAGACAUUUAUCAAAUGAGACCAUAUCAGACCAUACCAGAAAAUUUCGGUCCAAAAAAC